GAGUCCAUAGAUUAGAAGCGGAGGUCCUCCGCUCUUCUUCCAUUUCUGGUUUUCGCUUUCAGUUCCAGGCGAGCGAAAUGGUACACAUCAAUCGGCUUCUCACGCCGAACGCUGCUUCAACCAAAGUAGUAUUUAUCAAUUCCAUCUCCUCCAGGAUCUCCACCUCCACCAACUCCCCAUUCAAUCUUCGCUUCGGAAUCCCUGCCCGUUCUCAUGCCAUUGUUUCCACAAAGCUCUCCAGCGGCGGGUUGUUUCCUUUUUCCACCACUCGGCUUCGACAUGUUUGCAGGAUGAAAGACUCAGAUAUGAUAUCACAGCUGGAAAUCAGUAGGCCUGAAGAGAAGAAGAGACCGAAGCAUGUCAAUGGGGUAUUCUGGAUCCUCCUCCUUAAUAUCGGAAUUUUUGCAGCUGAUCAUUGGUUUCAGAUUCGAGGAAUUAAGUCACUAUAUUUGUACCACAAUUGGCCUACCUGGUACCAGUUUGUGACAGCGACAUUCUGUCAUGCUAAUUGGAACCACCUUUCAAGCAACCUAUUCUUCUUAUACAUUUUUGGAAAGCUUGUGGAAGAGGAGGAAGGAAACUUUGCAUUAUGGUUGUCUUAUAUUCUAACUGGUGCUGGAGCAAACCUUGUUUCAUGGUUGGUUCUUCCUAGGAAUGCUGUUUCAGUUGGAGCCUCUGGUGCUGUUUUUGGACUCUUUGCAAUCAGUGUUCUUGUUAAGAUGAGUUGGGACUGGAGGAAAAUACUUGAAGUACUUAUAUUGGGCCAAUUUGUUGUUGAGAAGGUGAUGGAAGCAGCACAAGCGUCAACGGGAUUGUCGGGGAAAUUUUUGGGAGGCUAUUCCCUCCAGAGUGUCAAUCAUAUUGCACACCUCUCUGGUGCUCUGAUUGGUGUAGGUUUGGUGUGGCUCCUGAGUAAAGUUCCUUCACUACCUUCAGAGCAAGAAACAUCUACUUUGAGUAGAAAAUCAGACAGAUCUUCAUAAUCAGGUCAUGUAUUUGCUCUCCAAAGGGAUGCAUGGUUGAAAAUCAAUUUGUGGAUUCAGAAUUCCAAGGUUGUAUUAUAGAAAGACAUAAAAAAAAAAAAAAGAUAAGAAAAAUCAAAUAUGGUGUACAUUUGGUUAUGUAAAUGCAAGGGAUUGGUCCCAUGGUUGGAAAUUGGAUGCAAUCUGUUUUACCAG